CAUCUCGAACCUUUAUUUAAAGGUAAAGUAGAACCCUAGAGGCAGCCGGAUACUGAAAAUCUUAAAAGGGAAUCAUCUGUUGGUAAGGAAAAGCGGCCAUCACGAUUGAAGAAGAAAAGCAGAUCUUGGUAAAAAAAGAUCAGAUGAGAACUCAAAUGGAUGGACAAGGAUCUGAAGGAUCUGGAGAUAUAAGAGACACAAAGCUUAACUGGGAUGGUGUGUAAAAAAGUCGAGAUGACUGUGAUCAGUGAUAUGGUUGGAGAUCCGUGUACAUGUGCUGUAACUUCAAAUGUCACAAAAAGAAGUAGGAUCACAAAAAGAAGUAGGAAUGGCUCAGGUUCGUACUGGUAUUUGAUUUUUACAGCAACAGUAAAACAAGCAUGCCUCGUCCAUCCAGAAGGCUGGCGAGAAGAAGAGAGAAGCCGAAGGAAGGCAGAAAUUGCCAAGCGUUUGAAAAUAAAGCUAGAGAGAGAGAAAAGAAAAAGAAGAAAGCAUCAGAUUGAAGACCACUAGGUGCUGCUCCACCAGGCUCUUGGGAGAAACUCUUUGAUGUGGGUGCAACCUCGAUGUUGGUGUGUGGUUGAAUAGAAAUGAGAAGAACGUGGCGUCCAUCUUCAGAUAAAUAUUUAUGUGAAUCUCUCUAGAAAGACCCCUUUCAACUUCUUAAAUAUGUUUUGCUUUCAUACUAAGACAAGUUUGUUCUUUGGUUGGUUAAUGUAUAGUGAAAACUACAGGGAGACUCAUUUUUCAGUUUUUCUCCACUGAGAAACCCACAUCCAGAAAACUUCAGGCGCGCACCCAUUUCAUUGCUCACUCCCAAUGGAUCGAUGACGGUGUAAUUACGGUUUAUAAAGGAGAGCUGCGGAAUCCGUAAGGUUUUUAAUCUCGGUUUAUAAAGGAGAGCUGCGGAAUCCGUAAGCUUCUAUCAAACCGAGAAGGAGUCCAUGGAUAAACGGGGUCUGAUGUUAAUCGAAGUGGUUAGCAAAAGCAAUUCUCGUUCAUCUCUUUUUUUAUCUUAGCAUUUGAAUUCAAGCUUCUCUUCCGAAAUCAGCAACAACAACUCUCGGUAUUGAGAGUAUUAAUGGCUGAAAUUAGUAAGGCAGUAGUGAUGGUUUGGCAACAACAGGUUUGGGAGAAUUGAUUUGAAUUGAGUUGUAAGCAAAAAUCACCAGCACUUUCACGUUUGAAUUACCAUCAGUGCUGCUCAUAUGGUUCGCAGAAUUGUUUGAACGAUGGGGGAAUGAAACUGAAAUGGGUUCAUUGCUGUUUAGCCAUGGAUUCUGUAAUGGCAGUCGAGAUGGAAUGGAGGUUGGUACAUACAGUAAGGUGAAGUAUUGAGCUGAGGUGUUGUUGUUCAUAAGCCAUGGCCAGAAUGGUUGUCUGCAAUGAGUUUUAGUGGUCGUCAAGGUCAGGUGGAGGAUGUAAUAUAGAAGCCAACUGGAAAUACAAGUUGUGCUCGAAUUGAUAUGUAUGCAAGCUUGGUUAGCAAGGAAGAAGAGUAUGAUGUUACCAAUGGACAAGACUUUGAUGUCUAGAAGGCAAGAAAUACAUAGUAUGCGCUAAGGAUGUUGCAGGUAAUCCAAAAGAUUUCAUGUGUCUGCAUAAACAUAGUCGACCUGCAGUUUCCGAAUCCAAUGCGAGUAUAUAUUAGACUGGACAAGUACAACAAAUACUUCCUAGAUUUGCUGAUUAGAGCGCAAUGAGUACUUUCAACACAUGAAAAGAAAAGCUACUACAAGGACAACUAAGAAGAUCCAGGAUGCAGGGUAUGAGGGAGCUCCAUUUACUUGGUCAAACAACAGACAAGGCAACGGAAAUACAUGCGAAAGGAUUGACAGAGCUCUUACGUCAUUCCUAUGUAUACAAAACUUCCCCAAUACCAAGGUAAGUCACCUUCCUAGAGUAGGGUCAGAUCACACUCCGCUCCUACUAAAUUCUCACCCUGAUAAACAAUUGUUACAAAAACCUUUUAGAUGCAUUAGAUCUUGGCUCUCUCAUCCAUCCAUUUCCGCCUUAGUUGCCAAUUCUUGGACACUCCCUUCCAAUAGUGAUCAAAAUAAUAACAUAUACUCCAAACUCCAACUCCUCUCAUCAGACCUUUCUCAAUGGAAUUCAGAUGUCUACGGAAAUAUCCACAAGAAUAUCAAAUCUCUAAACAAUAGAAUUGAUUCUCUUCACAAAUCAGGUAAUUAUUCUGCCAAUCUAGAAAAAAUUAAAAAACUCCAAACCGAAUUAGGAGAUUGGUACAAGAUCAAAAAUGACUACUACCACCAACUUUCUAGGGACAAAUUCUUUAAGGAAUAUGACCAAAACACCGAAUAUUUUCACGCUACCGCCUCAAAUAGAAAAAGAAUAAAUGCAAUUCAUACCCUUAGAGAACCCUCAGGCCUAUGGAUUUCAGAAAGAGAUCAAAUCAACUCCCUUCUAAUAAACCAUUUCUCUCAAAUAGGCAUAUCUCAGAUCCCUAAUUAUGUGGAAGAUUUAUCCAACAUUAUUGAUCCCUGUAUUUCUGAAGAGGAAAAUCUAGCUCUGACUUUGACUCCUUCAAAACAAGAGAUUUGGAACACAAUCUCUAAUAUGAACCAAUGGGGGGCUCCAGGUCCAGAUGGGUUUCAACCAGGCUUUUUUUAAAGCUAAUCGGGAUAUUCUAGGGCCUGAUAUAAUUCAAUCGGUGCAAGAUUUCUUUAAAUCAGGAGCUUUAGACCCGAAAUUAAUUUUUUAUUACAUAACUCUUAUCCCAAAAAUAUCCACUCCUCAAACCCCAGAUGAUUUUAGGCCCAUUAGCCUGAGUAAUACUAUUUACAAAACCAUAUCAAAAAUUCUUUUCAAUCGUCUCAAACCAAUUCUUAAUAAAAUUAUUUCUCCGAACCAAUCAGCUUUUCUCCCGGGUAGACAAAUCACAGAUAAUAUCAUCAUCGCACAUGAGCUUAUCCACACUAUGAAAACAUCGAAAGCCAAAAAAAUGUCAUUUUGAUCUAAAAUUAGAUCUCUCGAAAGCUUUUGACCGGGUGGAAUGGAAUUUCAUUAAAGCUUCCCUAACUGCUCUAGGUUUUAGUGAAUCCUGGGUAAACCUCAUUACGCAAUGUAUUUCAACCACCUCCUACUCCAUCCUUCUAAAUGGUUCUCCGGACCCUGCUUUCAAAACCUCCAAAGGGCUUAGACAAGGUGAUCCCCUCUCCCCUUUUCUCUUCCUCAUCUGCAUGGAGAUCCUUUCUAGACUUCUAGACAAAGCGGUUUCGGAAAGGAAAAUAUCCGGUCUGAAAAUAAACAAAAACGCCCCCAAUAUUUCCCACCUAUUCUUCGCAGAUGACUGCUUUCUUUUCACAAAGGCAGACUUAGGGGAAGCAAAAAACCUUCUAGAAAUCUUCUCCAGAUUUGGAGAAAUUACGGGUCAAAUGAUAAACCUUCAAAAAUAUGGAAUUUACUUCAACCAUAGAAUUCAUCCGAAACACGGAAAAAUCAUAGCCAAAAUUCUUAAGGUUCCCUUAAUGACAAAAAAUGAUAAAUAUUUAGGAACUCCUCUCUUUUUUGAUAAAAAAAAGAAAAUAAAAUUUUGAACCUCUCCUACAAAAAUAUUAUGCCACUUUACAAGGAUGGAAAUCAAAAUUACUCUCUCAAGAUGGAAGAACGGUAUUAAUAAAAUCAGUUCUACAAGGCUAUCCUACUUAUCAGAUGCAAAUUCUGGAUCUUCCUAAGGAAACUCUAGAUCAAAUGGAUAAAAUUCAAAGGGACUUCUGGUGGAAUAAAGAUAAGCCCAAAAAAAGAGGAGGUUAUUUUAAAGCUUGGGUCAGCAUAUGCAAACCAAUUUCUCAAGGAGGUCUGGGAAUUAAAAACCCACAUCAAUUCAAUAUAGCUCUCUAACGAAGCUGGCCAGCAGACUUAUCUCGGAACAUGAUCAACUCUGGGCUAAACUUCUGAAAGCAAAAUACUUCCUCAAUAGCCACCCAUUGUAAGCUUCUAGAACUUCAAAUUUAUCAUGGAUUUGGACAAGCAUACAAAAAGGGUUGAGUCUUAUUAAAGGUAAUUUCGUGUGGCAAGUCAAAAAUGGGGCUUCGAUAAAAAUUUGGGAAGAUAAAUGGGUACCCAAUGAAGACACCGGCCAACAACCGACUUCUACUCCUGAUCCAGUCCCACAAAGAGUAAGUGAUCUGAUUACUCAAGAUGAAAAUUGGGAUCAAGAUAAACUAGAUAAUCUCUUCACUCCGGAUAAUAAAUAAAAAAUUCUUGCCAUUUCUCCUAAUACCCAAGAACAAGAUACGAUAAGAUGGCAGCACCACUGCUUCGGUACUUUCUCAGCGAAAAAUGUCUACAACUUCCUUAUGAAAGAAGACCAAGAAAACAACAAUACUAUUGAUUUUCCCUGGCAAAAGAUCUGGAAAAUCAAAGUGAUUCCUAGGAUUAAACUUUUUAUUUGGAAAUUAGCUCAGAAAUCUCUCCCUACCAAUGCUAGACUAGGAGCUCAUAAUAAAUAUUUUAUUAAGGAUUGCCUUAUGUGCUGCGCUCAAACACAAGAAACAGAACAACACCUAAUAAGAUCUUGCCCUUUUGCUAGAGCUGUCUGGUUUGGACUAUCUUUAGAUGCAGUAAAUUCAAGAAUUAAUUCAGAUUCAAUGGUAAGCUGGAUUAAAGAGUGUAUCACGGGACCAGAUUUCACUAACUUAUCAGAUAAGAUCGCAAUAAUCUCCUGGUUCAUCUGGAAGUAUAUAUGCUCAAUAGUUUUUGACAAAAUAAACCCAAACCCAAAUUCUCUUAUAGAGCAGAUCAAAAAAUUCUUACAACAAUGUCCUCAAGAGAAUAUCCACAAGAGUAAAAGGAUACAGCCAUAUAUGAUUUCCAAGGAAAAAUGGACAAGCUUAACAUCGACUGGAUUAUUUUUAUAGAUGCGGCUUUUAAGAAGGAAAAUUCCACCAUGGGAUAUGCUUUUAUUCUUUAUUCAGUGGACAAUGAGUCUUGCAUGCACAUAUCAGCUGGAUCAGAUAGGGCUACCUCGGCAUUCCAUGCAGAAUCAAAAGCUUUAUUCAACGCCUCUUGUUGGCUAAGUGAGAAUAUCUUAUCCAGUGUCUCUUUAGUUACAAAUUUCAAAAUGUUAGCAGAGACCAUCAGAAAGGAAAGCAAUAUCCCAGAUUAGAAUGCUGAGAAUAUCAUCAAGGCGACUCAUACAAUUCUUCAAAAGCUCCCUCAAGCUCAGGUGCACUAUAUUAAUAGAAGAUACAACUCUGCAGCGGACCACAUAGCAAACGAAGCUCGUGCAAAGAAUAUGAGGAAUU